CAGUUUUUUUCUUGCUCUGUCUACUGGUCUUGUUAGGUUUAUUGCAGCAAAACAUUUCUUACUGUAUGUAAUGUUUUAAACACAAAAUGAAAAACAAAAAUGAAGGGUGAAUGACAUGAAAGUAGGAAAAAUGUAUUCAUGUGAGACAGUGUUAAAGUUACGUCUGUGCUUUGUCAGCUUGCAUUUAUCAAAGGAUGUGGUUAGAUAUCAAGAUAGAUGGAAAUCAUACUGUACAGAUUAAAUUCUGCUGUUUAAAAAGGGUGUGUUUGACAGCCUCAAGACAACAAGUUGAGUUUGCUGCCGGCACAAUGUAUGUUCUGCGCAAGAUUCUGCUUUUUCAUGUCUUAAUGUGCCUCGGACAAAAUGCACUUGGGAGUGAAAUCAUACAUGGGGAAAAGGCCCCAGAGAACUCCCUGCUGUAUAUGGCCUCGGUACAGAGCUAUGGAAGUCAUAUAUGUGGAGGAGUCCUCAUCAGUGAAGACUUUGUACUCACAGCUGCGCACUGUGACGUGAAUCCUACAAAUGUUGUUCUUGGCACCCACAAUCUCAGAAAGGCUGGCAGGAGAAGGAUAAAAAUUGUGAAGAAAUACAAACAUCCAUCUUAUGAAAAUAUUGCAUAUGGGAAUGACAUCAUGCUCCUCAAACUGUCUAGAGGAGUUCAACUGGGCAAAAGCAUACAACCGAUUCCACUUCCAAGUUCUGAUAUCGACCUUCAGGAAAACCAAAUGUGUCUUGUAGCUGGAUGGGGUUACGUGAGAACUGGUGGUGGCACUGUUGAUGAGCUGAGAGAGGUGAAUGUGUCGAUCAUUAACCCAGAAGUCUGUAGGAAGAGAUGGCCUGUCAAUAUUCCUCACAAUAUUAUCUGUGCAGGUGGAUAUGGUACAGACAAAGGAUUCUGCCAGGGUGAUUCUGGUGGUCCUCUGGUGUGCAAUGGGAUGGCAGUUGGUGUUGUGUCUUUCAAUAGGAACUUCGACUGUGACUACCCAGAUGUACCCAACGUCUUUACAGACAUAUCAAAACACGUUUCCUGGAUCAAUAAGAUUGUCACGGAAAAGAACUUUAAUUCUCCUGCUGGAAAGAUGCAUCGUCUGCACAAAUUUCUGCUUUGUCAUGUUCUGACAUGUCUAGCACGUGGGAGCGAAAUCAUACAUGGGGAAAAGGCCAAGGAGAACUCACUGCUGUAUAUGGCCUCGGUGCAGAACAACAAUGGUCAUGUAUGUGGAGGAUUCCUCAUCACUGAGGACUUUGUAGUAACUGCUGCCCACUGUGACCGAUUGGAACUUACAAGCAUUGUUCUCGGCACCCACAAUCUCAGGAGGGCUGAUCAUGAAAGAAGAGACAUCAAACAGAGAUACAAACACCCAGCUUUUGUGAAUGAAGGAAAUGGUAAUGACAGCAUGCUCCUUAAGCUGGCACGGAAAGCUCAAUUGAACAACCGAGUACAAACAAUUCAACUUCCAAAAUCUGAAAUGGACAUAAAAGAAAACGUAACAUGUCAUGUAGCUGGAUGGGGUGCCACGAGAACUGGUGGUGGCACUGUUGAUGAGCUGAGAGAGGUGGAUGUGUCGAUCAUUAACCUGCAAGUCUGUAAGGAGAAAUGGCCUGGUCUUCCUGCCAAUGUUAUCUGUGCAGGUGGAUAUGGUACAAACAAAGGAUUCUGUCAGGGUGAUUCUGGUGGUCCUCUGGUGUGCAAUGAUAUGGCAGUUGGUGUUGUGUCUUUCAACAAGUACAAGAACUGUAAAUACCCAGAUGUACCCAACGUCUAUGUGGACAUAUCAAAACAUCUCCCCUGGAUCAAUACGAUUCUCAAAGGCACAAAACAUUAUGAGUAGCAAUCUUGACCAAAGUUUUGCUUAAACGUAAUAUGAGGAUGUUGUUGUGUCUCAAA